AAGAAACACAAACACUCCCACUUCUGGUGAAACGAGACCUAUUUAGCUUUCCCUGUAGCCAGAACGUGUGAGCCUGUGUGGUAGGUGAAAUGGCCAGUGCUUCAGUGUUUCAGGAUGAGUUCUGCUGUUCUAUCUGUCUGGAUCUGAUGAAGGAUCCGGUGACUGUUACCUGUGGACACAGUUUCUGUUUGAACUGUAUUACGGGGUGCUGGGAUCAGGAAAACCAUAAGGGUGUUUACAGCUGCCCCCAGUGCAGAGAGACCUUCACUCCUAGACCUGUUCUUCGCAGAAGCACAUUGCUGGCUGAUGUUGUGGAGAAGCUGAAGAAGACAGAAGUCCAGUCUGAUCACACGGCUCCUUCCAACGCUGGACCAGACGAUGUGGAGUGUGAUUUCUGUACUGGGAGAAAACACAAAGCCAUUAAGUCGUGUCUAACAUGCAUGGGAUCUUACUGUGAGGUUCACAUCCAAUCUCAUUAUCAAGUGGCCUGUCUGAAAAAGCACAAGCUAGUGAAUGCCUCCUCACGGCUACAAGAGAAGAUCUGCUCACAACACGGCAAGAUCAUUGAGGUGUUUUGUCGCACAGAUCAGAAGUUAAUAUGUAUGCUCUGUUCAAUGGACGACCACAACGGACACAAGACUGUCUCCGCUAUAGCAGAACGAACUGAGAAGCAGAAACAGUUGUUGGAGAUGAAGAGGGAUAACCAGAGGCGGAUCCAGCAGAAGGAGAAGGAGGUGGAGGAGGUGAAACAAGAAAAGAAGUAUCUGCAGGCCUCUGCACAAAAAGCUGAUGAGGACACAGAUUGGAUCUUCACAGAGCUGAUCAACUUCAUGGAGAAAAAACGCUCUGAGGCGAAAGAGUCGAUCAGAACUGAAGAGAAGGCAGAGGUGAGUCGAGCUGACGGACUCCUGAAAGAACUGGAGCUGGAGAUCGCUAGGCUAAAGAACAGAGAUGCUGAGAUGGACCAACUCCAGCCAAUUGAGGACCCCAUUGAUUUCCUCCAGAGUUUCCAGCCACACCUCACCUCCUCAUCUGUGGCUAAGAACCUUCCUAAGGCUACUCUUGAAACAGAUUUCUCCUUCAGCGAAGUGAUGAAAUCAGUGUCUCCGUCUCUGAAUGAGAAAACAAAACAGUUCCUCCAGGACAUACUUAAAGUCACAGGCUUCAGGAAGGGGGACACGGUCAGACUGAAGUAUCCUGAGACCGUUGCAAAGACUUUACGAUGUGAUAUUAGGUCUGGAUACAACCAACACAGUUAUGACAUCACUGUCAGUGGUGUGGGUGAGGUAACAGAGCCCGAUACUGUGACCGUAAAGUUUCCUGAGCUUCCUCGUUGGAAAGGGAGUUCUUCUGAGCUGGAACUGGUAUUCGCGAUAAAUAAUGAUGAUCAUGAUGAAGAUGAAGAUGAUUAUGAUCUCUUAUAUCUUUUCUUCCCCUGA